CAGUGUGCCCACUGGUGAAAUUCUAUGGUGUCCUUCUCCACUGAAAGAAAAGAGCAAGGUAGCUUCUGAACUUAGAGUUGGAGUUGAGGAGAGAUGGCUCUGCUAUGUGUUCCUCUUGUAGCUUCAUCCGUGGAAAAGAUGCUGCUCGAUGCAGACAGGGCCAAGGCAAGUGGUGCUGAUGUUGUGGAGUUGAGGUUGGACUGCCUCAAGAAUUUUCAGCCUCGCCAGGACUUGGGUGUGCUGUUGAGAGAGAAGAAGCUGCCAACAAUAGUUACAUACAGACCAAAAUGGGAUGGUGGUCGAACUGAAAUUGAUGAACAGAAAAGACUGGAUGCACUUCGUCUGGCUGUUGAACUAGGAUCUGACUAUGUCGAUGUGGAGCUUAAGGUAGCUGAUGAAUUCAUAAAAUCAAUCUCUGAAAAGAGGCCAGAGAUGCUGAAGGUCAUUGUAUCAUCAUGUAACUACGAAAAUACUCCCUCUGUUGAGAUUCUGACCAGCCUCGCAGCAAAAAUUCGAUCUGCUGGAGCUGAUAUAGUUAAGAUUGCAACAACUGCCAAAGACAUUACAGACGUGUCUCGGGUGUUUCAAGUAUGCACUAGUUGCAAGGUUCCAAUCAUAGGACUGGUUAUGGGCGAUAGGGGUGUGAUCUCCAGAUUGUUUGCCUCAAAGUUUGGAGGAUACCUUACUUAUGCAGCUCUUGAUGGUGGAAUAGAAUCAGCUGUUGGAGAACCAACAAUCAAAAAAAUGCUCGAUGUGUAUAACUUUAGGAGGGUGGGAAGAGACACCCAGAUAUUUGGCCUCAUAGGGAAUCCUGUCUACCACAGCAAAUCACCAUUUGUGUACAACAAAGCUUUCAGCUUUUUGGGGCUUAAUGCAGUCUUUGUGCAUUUUUUGGUGGAUGACCUUCCAAGUUUCCUCAACGUCUAUUCGUCGCCAGAUUUUGCUGGAUUCAGUUGCACAAUUCCACAUAAGGAGAUCAUGUGCAGAUCUUGUGACGAAGUUGAUCCUAUUGCUAAGGCCAUGGGGGCUGUAAAUACGACCAUCAGACGCGAUGGGAAACUGAUUGGUUGCAACACUGAUUACAUUGGUGCCAUCUCUGCAAUUGAAGAGGCACUAAGAGCUGCAAAUAUUCAAGGUAAUAUUCCUGGUGGCUCACCUGUUGCUGGGAAACUCCUUGUUAUCAUGGGAGCUGGAGGAACUGGUAAAGCACUUUCUUAUAUUGCCAAAGAGAAAGGAGCCAGGGUGGUCAUUGCAAAUCGCACUUAUGAACGAGCUGAAAAGCUCGCACAGGCCAUUGGUGGUCAGGCGAUCCCUUUGUCUGAACUAGAAGACUUCCAUCCAGAAGAAGAAAUGAUCCUUGCAAACACAACAUCUGUCGGAAUGUACCCAAAUACUGGUGUAUCACCAAUUCCAAAGCAUGCUUUGAAGCAUUACAUAUUGGUAUUUGAUGCAAUUUAUACUCCUAGGGAUACCCAACUCUUGAUUGAUGCAAAGGAAGCAGGAGCUAUUAUUGCAGAUGGUGUUGAGAUGUUUCUUAGACAGGCAAAGGGACAGAUUGAACUCUACACCAACCGCUCUCCUGCACCAAUGCAUAUUAUGGAAGAAGCUGUGCUAAGCAAGGAUUAGAAGAAAUGCCCACGUCAAUUCCCCUUCGAUUUAAAUCUCUGCUGCUUCUAUUUGUCUUACUAGAAAGGAACUCUUGGUGAUCUGUAUUUUGCAAAGGUUCUUGUUUCUUGUUAAAUUUCAAACCUCUUGGAUGAACUGUCAAUGACGUUUUGAGUGUGGAAUCUACCUUACCUUGUCUUCUUGCA